UGCGAGGAGCAAAACCCAGAGAAGCGGCAUUCGCUCGGAGAGAUAGAGAGGUUACAACGAAAAAAGAAGAAGAAGGGAGGAAUGGCGUCCAGACUACGCGCCCUGGAGGACGAGCUGAGCUGCCCCGUGUGCGGCCACAUCCUGCGGGAGCCCGUGCUGCUCUCCUGCAGGCACCGCUUCUGCAAGGUCUGCCUGGAGGGCAGCUGGGGUCCCAACGGCGAGCCCCGGGACUGCCCCCUGUGCUGCCGGCGCUCCUCCCUGGAGCAGCUCCUGGUCAGCCCCGUCCUGGAGAGGGCGUGCGAGUCGCUCCGCUCGGAGAAGAGGCGGCGGGACCCCCUGGCCUGCGGGGAGCACGGCGAACGCCUCGCCCUGUUCUGCCUGGAGGACCUGCUCCCCGUCUGCGACCUGUGCCGCACCUCCCCGAACCACAGCACCCACAACCUCUACUCCCUGGAGGACGCUGCGCAGGACUGUAAGGAGGAACUCAAGAACGCUCUGAUACCCCUGCAGGAGAACCUGAACCUGUUUGAGAAAGCCAAGCUCAACUGCGAUCAGAUGGCAGAGCACAUUAAGAGCCAGGCCGUGCACACGGAGAGACAGAUACAGGAAGAGUUCGAGAAGCUCCACCAGUUCCUUCGAGAGGAAGAGGAGGCCCGGAUCGCCAGCCUGAAGGACGAAGAGGAGCAGAAGAGCGAGCUGAUCAAGGACAAGAUCGAGGGAAUGGACGGAGAGAUCUCUUACAUAGCCGACUCAAUCAGAGCCAUAAAGCAGGAGAUGAGAUCUGAAGACAUUGCAUUCCUGCAGAACUACAGGGCCACUAUAAAGAGAACCUGGAGCACAAUGAAGGAUCCAGAGAUGGUUUCAGGAGCGCUGAUCGAUGUGGCCAAACACCUGGGCAACCUGAGGUUCAACAUCUGGGAGAAGAUGCGAGAAGUUGUCUAUUACACUCCAGUGACUGUGGACCCCAACACUGCCGCAAGCUGCUUCCUGGUGUCGGAGGACCUGACGACGGUGCAGUGCUACAAGGAGAGGUUCGAUCUGCCCGACAACCCGGAGCGCUUCGACAUCAGCGCGGAGAUGCUGGGCGCCGAGGGCUUCUGCUCCGGGCGGCACAGCUGGGAGGUGGACGUGCGGGACAACACCUACUGGGUGAUCGGCGUGGCCCGGGACUCCAUCGACAGGAAGGGGAAGCACAUCCUGACGCCGGCCGAGGGCUUCUGGACCAUCCGGCUGCGCAACGGCGAGUACAAGGCCUGCUCGGCGCCCUGGACCCCGCUGAACAUGAGCCGCGAGCCGGACGCGAUCCGGGUCACGCUGGACAUGGACAGGGGGAAGGUGACCUUCCACGACCCCCGGGUGAGGACGGCCCUCUACACCUUCACGGACAUCCUGAGCCCCCGGGUGCUCCCGUACUUCUGCACCGCCUGCAAGCUCUACCCGCUCAGGAUCCUGCCCAGGCGGCUGUCCGUCACGCCCGAAUACUACCACGGGUGAAACGGGCCUUUGCCCCCUAACACGAACAGUGCAGGAACUCUCCCCCACCGCCGCACGCCGCCCCCCCCCCCCCUCCCCACCCCACCGUGUGACCAGCCAAUCCCGCAGCCAUGCGUUUUCAGUCCAGCCGUGAGCAGGACGGUAGACAAAACCAAAGUCUAAUGCUGCUUCUGUGUCAACAAGACUGUGUAAAUCUAGCAUGGACUUCUAGCAUUGAAACAGACCUCUGUAAACAGGUCGGAUUGCUUACUGAGCCCAGCCUGUAGGCCCAACGCUUUGAUUUUAAUGUCUCUCAAAAUACAGAGAGGCUCGCAAAAAACCCUAGUAGUAUGUAGGAACCUUUUUAAAAUAAAACCGUAAAAAACUGGCAAAUCCACAUAA